UUGUAGCAGCAGUGUCUUUAACAGGUGACUGUUUUUGUGCUUCGUUUACCAAUUUAAACAGCGACUGCGAGGUAAAUAAUAAGGAGAAACUAUGGCUGGAGAAGGGGGUUUGCCAAAACUGGACGUCGCUGUAUUAAGUGCUGAGCAGCAAGAGAAACUGCGACAGUUCAAGAUCAAGACCAGAAUCGAUAAUGAGAAGUAUUUGAGAUCCCACCCAGAAGUAGAUGUAUUGAUAGGCGACUUUCUAAGAGAUGUGCUUCUUAAAAGACCUGCUGACAUCCGAGAAUUUGCUGCAGAUCACUUCACCAACCCAAACCUUCGUGCAGUUAUUGGCUCCAAAAUGGAAGGAAACAUGGAGUGAAACACACCCAACAGUCACGGUGCUUCUCCUUUGUGUCUUUAUCUUUACAGAGCAACACAUGUAUGGACUUUAUUAACAAUACAGACAUGGAGAGAUUUGUAUCAGUCCACUAACUGAUGCCGUUAUGGUCAGAUUUCCUAUCAUACUCAUGCAGAAAGCCAGCUUACAGGGAAGGUGGUAACAGCCAUUCCCAAUGAGGGUGAUUAAAGGUUGAUGAGCAGAGGCAGUCCUGUGGGUAUUACACUCUGUGCUGUUUGUCACACCAUGUUUUCACACCAACAUGAUUGUGAAGAGUUCCUGAAGACUUGAGCUUAUGUUUACUGAUUAGAACUACCUUUUUAACCAAAACCGUCUUUGUUGUCUGCAUUUUGGGCCUACAGUUAUUGAGUGGAAAUACUGUAGUCUGCACUGACCUGUUUAUGGACCAAUCAAGAUAUAAUAUAUACUUAACUUAUGUAUUUUAUGAUGAUUUCAUGAAGAAAUUCACAGGUUUUUAUUUUAUUUUAUCAUAUUCCUUACCUUUUUUACAAACAGAUUUAUUUUCGUGCCCUGGAAAAUUUGACUCAUUUAACUCUUUCUUUUUUUGUUGGAUUUAGCAUCUUGCUGCCAUUAAAACCUGCACCUUUACCUGCAGUGGCCUUGACAAAUAAAAUCAAAUGUGCUUGUUUGCCACUCACUAUCCAAAGUUGCCUUUUUGUGAUUGCCCAUUUCCUCUGAAGACACUGAAUAAAGCUCCUACUGUGCGGUUA